AUGAGUGUACUAAUCGACAAGUUCCCAACACGAUCGCAGGAACUCUUGCAAUAUGUUAGUUUAAUUAGAUACGCAGCCCGCGUGCACAAAGGGUUAGGAUGGGCCAUUUAUGACUUUAAGUUUCGCCAGAAAGCUAGCGUCAAUAAGUCUAUUAAUUGGUCAGUGGUUGACACUCAGCUUUGGUUAACCAUUUUCACCGUGUCACCAGCGAUACUCAAAGAAGAGUAUCCGCUUUUUUCAAAUGGACCCCAGCGAAAUGUGUCUACAACAGGGGAUGCGAACAGAGGCACAUGCAACUUUUACAAUAGGAGUGGCACAUGUAAUAGAGACCCCUGCUAUUUCAGACAUGUGUGUAACAGAUGUAGUGGAUUACACCCAAGGGUUGACUGCCCGGUCCACCCUGUGCGGCAACCAGAGCGGGAAGGGGGGAGGCAUAGAGAAAGUGACCAUGGUGGAAGCUCAAAGUCAAGUUCCUCUCAUCGAAAGUGA